AUGUGGACGUUCCACGGCGGCUUGGUCCCAGGUGAGACGACAACCAUUGGACAAUUAGCUACCUUCGUGGCACUCACAUAUCAUUCCGGCCUGUUUUAUUUGAAAUUAUUUACCAUGGAGAAAAACCUGUUCACAGCCGUAUCACUGUUGCUCUGCCUUUUUAUUAGCUCCAGCCAUGGUGCCGAUGAACAAUCUAAUCACACCGUGACAGAACAUGCCUGGUUCGACAUUGAAAUAAAAAAUUACGACGGACCAGGGGAAGAUUACAGCGGCCGUUUCGUCGUUGCCCUCUUCGGCGAUACCGUUCCUAUGACUGUCAUGAACUUCGCACAGCUGACUAAAGGCUAUAAGAGAGCUAACCAGAACCUGCGCUAUAAGAACACAUACGUCCACAGAAUCGUUCCUGACUUUGUCAUCCAGAUGGGAGACAUUACCGCAGGAGACGGUACCGGCGGUAGGAGUGUCUACGGUGAAACUUUCAAUGAUGAGAACUUCAUUUUGAGCCAUGAAGCCGCUGGCUACGUGUCUAUGGCCAAUCACGGAAAAGAUACUAACGGAUCGCAGUUUUUCAUUAUUCUGAACAAGGCCAGAUGGUUAGACGGCAAGCACGUAGUGUUUGGAAAACUAAUGGAUAUCUAUCUAUCUAUCUAUCUAUCUAUCUAUCUAUCUAUCAAAAUAUUGUCUAUUUGA